AUGGAUCCGAAACCUCCCUCUGUGGCUGGCAAGCCAGCUGCAUAUGGCUAUUCUUGCGCCACCUGCGCCCAGUCCAAGCGCAAAUGCGUUGUUCGCGCCGCGGGCGGCCCGUGUCAACGGUGCCAUCAAACGAAGAAAGAAUGUACACCGGCAAAGACGGUACGACGGCGAGGAAUUACGAAAAAGCCUGCCGCUACCUCGAAAGCAAAUCGACUGGAAGAAAAGAUAGACUACCUCGUAUCUCUGAUGAAUGAUGCAAAGGCCUCUUCAAAGCAAGGCAUCAACCAGAAGAAUGAUCCGGUACCAACUUCGGAACAUGGAUAUCCCUUAAACCACCCCGAUGGGGACCAAAAUAACACAUGUACACCAGCUACGAUAGGCUCAAUAUGCUCACCAGGUAUAAGUGAGCUCACCUCACAUGAGUCAGAAGAAUGCCUCAAUCACUUCCGGACGUUUAAGUUACAAUACUUUCCAUUCGUUUACAUUCCCUCCGAAAAGAGUGCUGUGCAACUUCACAAAGAGCGACCUUUUCUUUGGCUUUGUGUCAUGGCCAUCAGUACCAAGUCCACCGCUCGUCAACAUGAUCUUGGUCUUAGAAUACGUCAAAUAGUAGCACAGGAGAUCGUAGUUCAAUCUGAUAAAAGUAUUGAUCUUUUAUUAGGACUGCUCACAUUUAUUGGCUGGGCGAGCUAUCAGUUCCACCAAUUCCAUCCAAAGCCUUUUCUAUCUGUCUUCACACAUCUUGCGACAUCAUUGGUCUUUGACCUUGGUCUGAACAAACCAGUCCAAGUAACGACAUCGACCUUCAAUCUUAACCAGUGCCCGCGACCUUCCACACCUCGUACUAUGGAAGAGCGCAGAGCAGCACUGGGUUGCUACCUGGUGACAUCGAUAAUAUCUUCAUUUCUUCAACAGAUCGAAAUAUUUCGAUGGACACCACAUUUGGAGGAAUCCUUGCAAAUUCUAGACGAACAAAAGCAAUGUGCCAACGAUGAGAUCCUGGUCCAACUGGUUCGAAUGCGUCUCAUAGUUGAGAAAAAAAGAGCUCAGUGGGCAUGGUUGAAUGAUACACCCGGAGCUGUUGGACUCGCUGAAGACGCAACCGCCCUGUUCUCUGACGUGAAGGUUGAAAUAUUCAGAUCUUCACCGAAAGACGUGGUUUUACUCCAUCUUUAUAGUAAUGAGCUCGAAAUCACCGCCUCCUUCUUAUCUUUCACUCCCAGCGAUGUCAAAACAUCCCAACAAGACCAUCUUUAUCAGGCUCUCACAUCUAUUAAUUCGUGGUUCAAUAUUUUUCUGAUGAUACCCCCAGCAGAAUAUGUUUCGUUCACUUUCGCUAUUUUUUCCCAGAUCUCUCGCUGCCUUCUCGCCCUCUACCGCCUUGCAACACUCGAUGCUCCAAACUGGGAUAAGAAUCAUGUUCAACAGACUGCAAAUCCCCUUUCUAUUUUGGAUCGGCUCGUCAAUGUUCUAGAGCAAGUUCCUGCCGUUGUUGGCAUUAACAAUAGCAGUUAUCCUAAUGGGGACAUCUUUUCUCGGUCUGUCGAGAUUCUUCGAUCUGUUCGCCCUGAAUGGGAAGCGCAGCUGGGCUCCGAUGAUAUAGGCUCUGUUGAGCCUUCUCCACACGAUAUCAAUGGGAUUCGUAUGCCGGAUGCUUCAUUCUUUGGAGAUGAUAACCUUUUUGAUAGCUGGUUAAUGGAGCUUGUGUCUUCGACUUUUAACUCCUGA